AUGAAUUCAAAGGAUGUACACAUCUUCACGACAGAAGAAAUAAAACGUCUUGGCAAGAUCAGUAAAACUGUCGUGGAUGAUCCAUCUCUUCUCAAUCAUAACCUCCGUCAAAUCUGGAUGCUUCUUGGAACAGUGCAUCAUGAAAAAGGAGAUCAAAUGAUGGGAACAAUGAUAGCAUUACACUCUUCACGGAUGCUUUCUACUUCUUGGACAGUACUUCUUCAGUGUCUGCGAGGGUCUUCCAAACCACGGGUACAAUUGAGUUUGUUGCGACACUUUGGAAAUAUUGUGGAUCGUAUAGGUAUUCCACAACGUUCAAAUGCCUUUCGAGUGUUUGCAAAAGAGGUCUUGGGGAUAUUAUCUAGCACAAAUGAUAUCAUAACAAAUGAAAUAUUUCUGAAAAGCUUUUGUGCUGUAUUAGAAGCACUUGGAACAUAUUCAGAGAAAGAAAUCGCUGAAGCUAUUUUUGAGAAUGUAUUAAAACAAAUAUUGGAAUCUGGGCGAACAGAAAGACGUCGAGCUGCUGCACUCAUGGCGGCUCAGUUGGUGGCCAGUACACCUUUUUGUGGUUCCUUUACGAAUUUAAUGGACACCUUAGAAACGAAGAGCGAUUUACUUGGGAGUUGCAUUACUUUAGAUGCUAGCUUGCCACUAUUAAUAAGUCAGGCUAAAAAAUUAUCGAGUACACCAUUUGAGCACUCUACAGUUUCUCAAGCCAAGUUACGUAUUGAAAAAUGGCUCCUUUCCCUUUUAUUUGAAGAGCCUUUGCAACAUUUGAUAGUUCCAGUAGCUAUUUCAUGCUAUGGAAAAAUGAAACAGUGGGAUUUUAACUGGCAAUUGAGUUUAUCUGCUAAAAUUAUUGAACGUGUUUGUCUAAUUUUAUCUCAAAAAGAAACCAGGCCUAUUCUAAUUUUACCAUUAUUAAACCUAAUCGAAUUAGUAAAACCUCAUUGGACAAGCAAAUUAGAAUUGAUUUGGAAGUUGGUAGAAUAUCCAGAUCCAAUGAUUCGAUCCAAAAUGUUAUCUGCUGUCGCUGCCUCAAUGAAUAACAUAAACAUCCCUGAAGCAAAGAAACUGCUAUCUCAUACCUACAACCUUUUCAAAAAGUAUAUGAAGUCUCAAUGUGGGUGUACUGUUUCUGGGACACUUUGUUUGCUCACUGCCUUGGCUCAAAUCAUACCGAAAGAUAUAUACAAAAUUUUUUUUCAUGUUUUGCAUUUUUGCUUGGAUUUUACUAAUCCUCUUCAUUCCAUGAAAUGUGUACAAAUACAUUUGCUUGAACUGAUUCAAAAAAUCCCAUUCAUUGAAAUGAACACUUUUUCGUAUGUGAUACACUGUACACAAGAUUUGGAUAAAAAAAUCAAUGAUUCUGCAUACAUUAUCCUUCUCAAAUGGUGUAAUGAGUUUGUACUGGAUGAGGUAUUCUUUAGGGAGCCCUUUUUCCGCAGCGUUAAUUUUUUUGAAGGGUGCCCAUACAUUAAAAAUUUAUUACCUCGGAAUAAGAAGAGUUGUAUUUGUUAUUUGCGAAAUGUAUCACAAUUAAUUUCAUUUCUAAUUGAAAAACUGGAAUUUGAAAUAAAAAGCUCUACAAAACAACAUUAUCAUUACAUUCAUUGUGUUUGCGAAGGAUUAUGCUUAAUCAGUGUUUCUAGCAUAUAUAACGUUUAUUACCCUUCUACCAUGGGUAAUAUUCUUCUUGAAGAGACAUUUUACAAGGCAUUUACUUGUAUUCAGGACAUACUAUUUUCUAUGGAAUCUUUUCCCUUUGACGUAUACAUUUCCUUGAUACGGGCAGCUACGCUUUGUUUGCAAAGAUGCAACGUGAGUCAUUUAUUUGAUAUUUUUACACACAAACGCUUCUUUAACUAUAUUUGGAAUGUUUUAUAUCGAUGUUGCAAAGCAUUAGACCCCAUAUCAAUACCAGUAUUAAAAAAAAAACAUUCACUAUAUUUGGGUUGGCAAGAGCUACCAAAUGGGCUAGAAAAAAUGAUUGCGCUAUCGACUUUAUCUGGUCUUACAAAUGCCAAACAUUAUCGGACAACACAUUUUUUUGAACUUGUAGAACACGUGAGCGAACUUUUUUUGGAGCUUAUUUUUUUUGGAGGCUCUUCUCCUGUAUUUAUUAGUCACCUGCGUUUUUUAUAUUCCAAUGUAUUAUGUUGUUUGGAUAUUUUGGCUGGGUAUACUCCUGUCGUUUCUUUGAGAGGAUGCCGUGGAGUUUUGAUGCUUUUGCUUGGUUUCAAUAAUGAGAAUAAUGUUUUCGAAAAAUCUGUUGCCACAAUAAACAAUGAAUCUGAAAAAUGGAUACCUUUGAUCGUUAAAAUUUUAACGAGAAGUUUAGAUUUUGAUUUGGCUUUUAUUGGGAAAGAAUUUUUUGGCUGUAUCAAACUUUUUAUUCAGGCCGACACAUGCACUCAGAAGACACAAUUUUACCUCGCAGUGGACACGGAUUUUUUGCUUGUGAAACGCAUGAUUUCCAUUGUAUCUAAUCAAAGUUACUACAAUGCAGUUUAUGGAGCAACGGUGGUUGAACCCAUUUUGGAUGUUUUGGAGCUACUUAUGUCUUCCAUUUACGCUUCUCGCGUUGGUACCAUAUGUGGAGAAGAAGAAUGGCGAAACAUUUUAUACGUAAUUGAUCAAUCUAACGAAAUCCUCGAAAGUGAUGCUUUUAGUACAUGUAGAGAUAUUGUGGUUCGUAUAUUAAAUUUGAAUCGUAAAAUAAAUGAAUUAAGCAUUACCACGGCAUUAAAAACAUUGGAUGGUUUUACUUACAAAAAAAACUCGUGUAGCGACGAGUUUUUUUCGGAGUUUUAUAUGCUUUGUCAGGCCAUAUCUUUUGGUAAUUGUACGAAUUUUGUGCCGGAUUCUUUUAUAACAGAGAAAACUUCAUUUCCUUUGCUGUUGUGUGCUUGUGUUUUAGAUCCAUCACUUGCGACUCGUGCUGUGGAGGCAGUUCUUACAAUACCAUGUGAAGAGAUUUUUUUGGAAAUUUUAUUGAUCAUUCUUGAAAAUAUGGAUCCCAAUAAUAAAAUUGUUGAGAAGGCCAAUUUUUCGGUUAACGAAGCGGUGUUGGGUUUAUAUGAUGAUCUUCUUGCACAUAUUAUUGAUUCUUUUUCUUGGGGUUGGACGCAAUCUGCAGGUUCCUUAAAGACAAUGGAAUUUAUUUCUGAUGAACGUUAUAGUAUUUCACUUCGUAGAGCCUUGUACGAUGCUGCUCGGUCGAAUUUUUUAGAAAUACCAGAGGGUAUAUUAACAAAUACCUCAUUUUUACGGGUGGCCUUUUCUUCAUUUCCUCAACUCUUGAUUCCAGUACCUAUGAAGAAGGGAACGAUAUCCAUUGUUUCUUUCUUCUUAAUUUGUAAAGCCCUAGCCUUUCCAACGAUAAAAUGCUCUUUAUUUAUAUCAAAAAAAACAUCGCUUGAUCUUUAUGAAAUCACAGAGGAAAAGGAUUUGUUUGCCGCAAUGCCUUUAUUACCUCUUUUUAUUUUUGGUGUAUCUCAAUCACCAGGGGUAUUUUUUCAUUUUAUUGGAUCAAAAAAUUUUAUAAUGGCAGAGUUGUUGGAAUCUGUUUCCGAAAGGUAUGCUAAGGAUAUCUUUUUUGAGAUGGGGAAGUUGGGAUUACUUGCAGGACUAAAAUCAACGGAAUUGACUGUGCUGACGAAGCUGCUUAUAAGGGGUGGUGUUGCUUCAUUACAAGUGGAUAUGGCCAUAUUAAAUUCCUUCUUAAAGAGAAUCAUUGAACUACUUCAUGAAAUAUCGGUAAGUGAUGAAUGGAGUCUUUCUCUUAGAUACUGUUCUAUGUUUUUGCUAGUUCUUGUUGCUCCCACUGGGGAUGAUGGUUGGCAGGAAGUUCUGGAUGGAAAACAUGAGUCUGAUGAGGGAAAAGAGUUACAAAACACAGUAUUAAGUAUUAUUAAUCAGUGCUUAGAAGUAGAUUUUAAGGACGUUGAAUCUAUAGCAAAGCACGUGGUCUCCAUUUUUCUUUGUUCACUGAACUUGAAUCAAGGAAUGAAUGAGUCUGUUCUCUGGUUGGUGGUAAAAUGUUGUAGGCUUUCUGUAUGGCAAUUGAUUUUUUAUGGGAAAGAAAGAUUUCGGUCUUUGGAUAUGCCUUUUUUAAAAUUUUUAUGCAAGCUUAAUCAGACAGUGGGCUUGCCCCCAAGUCUUGUCCAGGAGAUGCAUGCAAAUUUUAUUCCACACUUUUUGAAAUUUGGUGUUUCUUGUCAAUUUGAUGGAGAUGAACAACGAAUUAUAUUUUGGUUUGUCACAAGUUUAUUGUUACACACGGUCGUUUCGGAUGAGUGCUAUUCCAAACCCAAGGUACACAUGGCUUUGGUGGAUGCCUUGUCUCAGUAUGCGGAUUUUCCCUUGGAACUAAUGUUUUUAGACACGACUUUGAGAAUUUACUCUUUUUGCAACGCGUCCGUAUUUUCACUUUAUGCCCGAUUUCCCUUGUUUACAAACGCACGAAAUUGGAAUAUUCACACCGUUGGGCAUCUUUUCCCAUUAUCUGGAUGUUAUACAUAUGCCCGAGAUGAAGCGGAGAAGGUGCUUCCUUCAUUUCUUCAUCUUUACGUUAGCGCGAUUAACUCAAUUUUUGCAACUACAUCCACAAUUCCUCCAUAUUGUGUAUCCGAUAUAUAUUUUUUACUGACGACACUUAUUUCAGGGAAUCUGUCUCUGUUGAAGCAUUUCCACAUGCAUAAUGAUACCAUUGCGGUAAAAAUUCUUCCGUGCAUUUACGCUUGGUACCGUGAAUACGCUGCUUCUUGUAUAGACAAUGCAUUUAUUCAUCACAAUAUUCUUUGUUCCAAUGUGGGAUUAUUGCCCGACUCGAAUCGGUCAAUCGUUCUGUUUGAUGAAUGGAAUACACGUGCGUGUACAACAAUCAUGCUGACUCUAUUUACGGCGGGAAGUGAGAAAUUGGCUGGAUAUGUUGACGCAGUGAGUAUCCUAAGAAAACUGCUCUCAAUUGACAUCUUUUCUUAUAUGGGUGCGCUCACUGCUGCAAUUGCCAUGUUUGGUUCGUCUAACCGUAAAGAGAUUGAACCCGUGGCGUUUAUCAUAAUAACUCGUUUGCUCGAUGACUUGGAGUCUAGCCAAUGGGGACGUCUUUCGUUUAGUUUUGGCAUUUUGCAGAUGCUGCGUAGUGCAUGCAGUAUUCUAUCCAUGCUUCCGGAGGAACUUUUCUCAGUGAGGGUAUGUGAAGCAGUUUGCAAUGAGAUUCUUAACAGAAGUUCCGGACGACGAUUGGAGCGCUAUGCAUACUAUACAUUGCAGUGUAUUACUCAUAUAACGGCUCUUGGACAGACUCAUUGGUACAGAUUGCGAGGAUUUUUGGGGCUGACUUCUCUUGAAAGAGGAAGAAGCGAUAUAACCGUUCCAUUAAUGUCCGAGACGUGUGUUCAUGCGAAACCCGGGCUUUCAAAGUUGAAACCAUGCGCAGAUAUUUUAAAUCAGGCGCCCUUGUCGUACCAGAGAUCAGCGUUUUCUAGAAGAAUUAAAACGAAUAGGAAUAAACUGCUUCACCUUGUGACUGCAGCGUUAUUAGUUUUUCGUGGUUCAUAUAAUGAAUUUGAGUCGGGGGAAUUGGAUUAUAAUCGCAUACAGGUGAUCGCGUUUUUGGAUUCCCUUCGCGGUAAUUCUUCAAACAACGGUGAUAUCGCAAUUGCCGUAGUCCAUGAACUCAUUGCACAUGUUCUGGAAAAAGAGGACAUCUUGUUUAUUACAAUUAACAAGUUUGAUUUUACGUUGAUUUUCAAGCGAUUGCUCUUGUAUGAACUACAGGCAAUCUCAAAGCGAAUCGUAAGGGAAAACACUGAGUUGAUCGCCCGUUGGUCUGUAGUUGAGUACACGACACGGCUUUUGUUUGAGGCGUGUCUUGGAAAAGACGGUUUUUCCUUAGAUGGCCGCUGCUGGUGGUGGCUGGAUUGUGCUAUACUGAACACUUUUCUUGGUGUAAUAGAUGAAAAUGUUUCUUCUCUUAUUACUGUGGUUCUGCUUUUCCCUCCCGAACUUUCUAAACUGCGCAUGUUGGCAGUAGCAAUGGCUCAUUAUUUGUUCCAGGUCUCUGGUUGUGGAUCUGCGUUGAAAAUGUUUUUGUCGGAGCUAAAAAAUAUGUGUCUAGCUCGGCCUUCAGAGGAACAUUCCGUCGUCUGUGCGAGCGAAAUUCUAUCCGUUUUGCUACAAGUGCUCCAUUCAUAA